AUGACAACCAACUUAGUCUUAGGCCAGCAAGAGAAAAAAUCUAAGACAACUCGCAUAAUAGACUCGAAUGAUGAACUACCUGAUCACCUUCUUAUUGACUCAGGAGCUUCACAAACGCUUGUCAGAUCAGCCCAUUAUCUACACCAUGCAACACCCAAUUCUGAAAUAAACAUAGUCGAUGCUCAAAAAGAAGACAUUCCUAUAAAUGCCAUUGGUAAUCUUUACUUCAACUUUCAGAACGGAACCAAAACAUCAAUAAAAGCACUGCACACACCAAACAUAGCCUAUGAUCUAUUAAGUUUGAGUGAGCUGGCUAAUCAAGAUAUUACUGCCUGCUUUACCAGAAACACUUUAGAAAGAUCGGAUGGUACAGUACUAGCCCCCAUAUUCAAACAUGGAGACUUUUACUGGUUAUCUAAAAAAUACCUAAUUCCUUCACAAAUUUCAAAGCUAACAAUAAACAACGUCAACAACAGCAAUAAGCGAUGCUUCAUAUGGUAA